AUGUGCAAGCUUUUUGGAAGUGACCAACAAAAGAACCAAAGUCCCUUUGUAGGUACUGGAUUUUCAAAUUGGAAAAAAUCAAAUAAAAUUGAACUUCAUAAAAACAGUCUUGAACAUCAAAAUGCUACAACAAAAUGGUUAGUACGAUCAAAUACAAAAACAUCUGUUAACAAAGAAAUGUGUAGACAAAUUUUAGUAGAAAGGGACUAUUGGAUUCAAAUAUUUAAGCGUAUAACAACUGUUAUUAAGUUUCUGGCUAUAAGAGGAUUACCUUUAAGAGGAGAUCAUGAAAUUUUUGGAGUCAACAACAAUGGAAAUUAUUUAGACUUAUUAGAGCUUAUUGCUAAUGUUGAUCCAUUUUUAAAAACACAUUGA